CGCUGACGUCAGAGUUUAAACCUUUCUUCGGUUCUUACCCUUUUAGACUUCAAAAUUUUUGGGCGGAUUUUUGCUCGUCUUUUUUCUCUUUCACCCAAAAAAUGUCAACUUUAAUCUCUAGCUUAAAAGAUACCGCCCAAUCCCUCACUGCAAUCCGCCGUCCCUGGCGGGACUUCCUCGACAUCACCGCCGUCGAUUUCCCAUCCUCCUUCUCCGACGCAACCACCCGAAUCGCCCAAAACCUAACUCAUUUCCCCCUUAAUUAUACCAUACUUCUCCUCUUAAUCCUCUUCUUAUCCCUAAUCUACCACCCUCUCUCUGUCCUCGCUUUCCUUGUCAUCCUUCUCGCUUGGUUCUUCCUCUACUUCGGCCGUGAUCGCGAAGAGCCCAUCGUGAUCUUCGGCCUCACGAUCGACGACCGACUCGUCAUAGCUGCGCUCUUCGGCUUGACGGUGGCGGGAUUGGUUUUGACCGGCGUUUGGGUCAAUGUUCUGGUGGCGGUUGCCAUCGGGGCAAGUUUGGUAAUUUUGCAUGCAGCAUUGAGGAGUACGGACGAUUUGCUGAUGGACGAUUUAGAGUCACCAUAUGGACAUGUGCUUGCUGGUAGGGAUGAGGAGCUUGAUAGCCCUAGAGGGCAUUACAGUGGUAUUUGAUUUAUGGGUUUUUUUCGUUUCUAUUUUUUUUAGUUGUAUUUACAGAUUGAAACAUUGUAUAUUUACAAAAUUGUUUAAUGUAAUCUCAUUGUUGGCAAUGAAAAACCAGUCUUUCUUUUCUACG